AUGGCGUCAAAUAUCUCCCCCUUCGAAUCCACCCCUCCAGAGCUGCUCGCCGUAAUCUGCGCCCAUGUCUAUGCCGCCGGCCUCCCCCCUCUGAUCCCCUCCCUCGACCCGCCUCUAUGCGCUGACCACGCCGCCCCGCCCCUCUCGCUCCCGUCGUCCUACCCCUGCGCCCACUGGACCCAGUCCACCGUCCGGCGCACGCUCACCAGCCUCUGCCUCGUCAACCACGCCUGGAACGAGGCCGCCCGGCCCUGGCUCUGGCGCAAGGUCGAGAUCCGCCUCCCGCGCUCCUGGCUCUCCAUCGUCGAGGAGGUCGCCGGCGGCGACGACGAGGACGCGGCCGAGGCGCAGGCCGCGCUCAUCGUCGACCGCACCCUCAAGACCGCCGAGACCGCCGCGCUCGCGCUCGCCGCCCGCACCGGAGAGCCGAGCGCGAGCGCCGACGCCGGCGACGCGGCGUCGGACCUGCACGACAAGGUCCUCGCGCGCCUCUCCGGCCCCGACAUCUCCAUCCUGCCGGAGCUGCUCACCCCGCCCGCGAGCCGCGACCCGAGCCCGCGCCGGCUGCGGACGAAGAGCAAAUCUCCGGCGCGCUGGAAGCUCAUGCGCUCCAUAUCGGUCGCCGUGCAGGACGUGAUGGAGCGGGCGCACCCAGGGAUAUACGUACCCCCGCCCCAUGAUCCGCACCCCGGCAAGCUGAUCCGUCACUUGGACUUUAACCACUUCCGCACCAUCGGCAUGCGUCGCUCCGUGGAGGAGGGCGUGAAGAACCGGUUCGUCACCGGGGAGAGGCUCGUCGCAGUGCUCAAGGAAUUGCCAAACCUUAGCGUCUUUGGCGCUACGGAAUAUAUGGACGGGGCGCUCACGUCUUCUGUCAUGAAGGAGCUGCUAUUGCGCGGUUCCGUCGCGCGCGGUCGCGGUCGGCCAUCCCGUGGCCGGGACGUAGUCAUCCCGGAUCCAAAUGACCCGGAGCAAGAGGACCUGGAGCGCCGUCGCGAGUGCAAGGAGCUCGAGGCGGUCGACUUGACAGGUUGCGUCAGUGGGGUCUUUGUUGGUGCCUUGACGCAGUUCGUGAGCGAAUACCUCCUUCUAACCUCGGACUCGGACUCGAGUGACGGUGAAGAGGAUCCUCGCGAGCGCCCUACGCCACGCUCACGGAACGCCCAUCGGGAAGAACCUCUGGUGCUCCCAGGUAUGCGCCGCCUCGGUCUUCGCGGUGUCAAGUCGAUCCAGCCGCACAUUCUCGAGCCUCUCGUGCUCGCAUUCCCGAACCUCACACACCUCGACCUUUCCUGCACACGCAUCACCUCGGAAGGACUCGCCUCCCUCGGGGCGUCCCUCGCUGUCACCCUCUACUCCCUCGCGUUGGAACGCUGCAACUGGCUCUCAGGCGAGAGCAUCCGCAACUUCCUCGUCGACACCCCCGCCACGCGCGCUCUCCGCGAGCUCUCGCUGUACGGCGACCGGACCUUCCCCUCUCCGCUCUCCGAGGACGAGCUCCGAGACAUCGUCGAGCUCGCGCCGUGCUUCAAGUCCGGUCAGCUCGUGUACCUCGACCUCUCAAGCACGCCGCUCACCGCGCACAUCCUCGGCGAGCUUUGCGCGCCGCAACCGCACCUCCGCUCGCUCGGCCUUUCGCACAUCGGCGACCUGCCGCUACCGGCCGUAGCCGCCUUCUUGCGCGACAAGGCCCCACAGGUGGAGGUCCUCACCCUCGUGUCCUCGACACGCGACCUCGGCUACGGCCCCGACUUCGUCCCCGCGCGUCAAGCGACGAUCGCGCUCUACGCGCAGCUCGUCACCCCGCUCUGCACCCCGCCGUUCUCGUUCCGGAUCUCCGCGCCGUCGUCUCCGGCGGCGGAGGCGCCCACGCGCCUUCGUGUGCUCGAGCUGUCCCCGCUGCUGCUCGGCGCGCUCGGCGCGGGCGCCAGCGGAUGGCGCAUCGUCCGGAGCAAGGGUGGACGCGGGUGGUACGUCGACACCACGAGCGGAUGGGUCGCCGAGGGGGCGGCGAGUCGGCUGCGCCGGGGCCUCGCGCCGGACCACCCUUGGAGGACGGAGCUCGACGCGCUCGCCGACGCGAACGGCAACGUGAGCAGCGGCGUGGGCUGGCAUGCGCGGAAGAUGGAGGUGUUGCACGGCGACGGGCUGAUGGGCCGCGAAGCCGGGCUGUAUGGCGCCGUGUCUUUCGCAUACCAGGGAUGA